CCUAGGAUUCAUGCCAACAGGAUUACCUUGCAAAUUUCUUACAAAGUAUUUUUGUAGUAACAAUUUGGCAAUUUCAACAACCUAUGGUUGCUGUGUGGAAGUCUGUCAUGAGCAAAAGAGACCAUAAAAAACUGGCAUAUGGAGUAGAAUAAGGAUGCAAAAGAAAAUGUGCUCAGUUUAUAACCCUGGCAUUUACUUCUUGUAGUGAAAAUGCCAUAUAUAAAGAAGACAUCUGGAAAAAGAGGUCCCGUGAAGAGGAAGCUUGCAGAAGAGUUUGCUCCUGGAGAAGUGUUAACAGACACAUCAAAAAAAGAGUGGAAAUUAGGCAUGCCUAUAGGUCAAGGUGGCUUUGGAUGCCUAUAUCUUGCUGAUGUUAAUUCUUCAAAAUCGGUUGGCAGUGAUGCACCCUAUGUUAUAAAAGUGGAACCCAGCCAGAAUGGACCUCUUUUUACUGAAUUAAAGUUCUACAUGCGAGCUGCUAAACCAGAGCAAAUUCAGAAAUGGACUAGUUCCCAUAAACUGAAGUACUUAGGUGUACCGAAGUACUGGGGCUCUGGCUUGCAUCAAAAAAAUGGAAACAGCUAUAGGUUUAUGGUAAUGGACCGAUUUGGGAGAGAUCUUCAGAAAAUUUAUGAAGAGAAUGCAAAGCAGUUUGCACACAAAACUGUGUUAAAAUUAAGCUUGAGAAUACUUGAUAUUCUGGAAUAUAUCCAUGAGCAUGAAUAUGUGCAUGGAGACAUCAAGGCCUCAAACCUUCUCCUGAGCUACAAGAAUCUUAAUCAGGUGUACUUGGUUGAUUAUGGCCUUGCUUAUCGAUACUGUCCAGAAGGAGUGCACAAAAAAUAUAAAGAAGAUCCCAAAAGAUGUCACGAUGGUACAAUUGAAUAUACUAGUAUUGAUGCACAUAAGGGUGUGGCUCCAUCAAGACGGGGUGACUUGGAAAUUCUAGGUUACUGUAUGAUUCAUUGGCUCAGUGGCCAUCUACCAUGGGAGGACAAUUUAAAAGACCCCAACUAUGUCAGAGAUUCAAAAAUUAGAUAUAGUGAGAAUAUUACAGAUUUGAUGAACAAGUGCUUUCCUGAGACAGAAAAACCAGAUGAAAUAGCCAAGUACGUGGAAAAGGUGAAGUUAUUGAGCUACGAAGAGAAACCUCUUUAUCAGCAUUUCCGAGAAAUACUUUUGCAAGGUCUUAAGGCUAUUGGGCAAAAGGAUGAUGGCAUACUGGACUUCAGUUUUUCAGAGAAUGGAGAUUUGCGAACCAAGCCUGUACAAAAGAAGAAAAGAAAGGCAGCGGCGUCAGCAGCAGCCACAACAGAGGAAAGCACUGGAACAGACAUGGAAGAUGUGGAAAGUCCACGAAAGAAGAGACCUGCUCGUUGUAGAAACGCUGACUCCUCAGGACCAAUUCCUCACAGCAUGUUACAGCCAGAGGCUAGCAGCAGCAGCAGCUUACAACAAUUCAGAAGCCACCAAAACACUGAAGAAAAGUUCACCGAAAGGCAGAAGAACCAGAAAGAGAGUCCAGAAGUAGAAGAACUAGAAUAAUGUGCUCCUCUUCUUUGCUUCGCUUUGUUUGGCUACUGUAAUCUUUGCUUCUCUUUUUAAUGUUUAUUUUUAGAGGAUUUGAAAAAUGGCUAUGCUGCAGUUUGUACCUUGUUUGGAAGAAUAAAUGUUUUAUUAAAGUGUAUUUGUGUACUCCAUGUACAAAAAUACUAUCCAUAAAUGCAGAAGUUUUCAAGUUUUGAAGUGAGGUUGUUUUUAGUAUUUGCAUAUAUUUUAUGCUUUUGAAGGAACCUGAAGAGAAGAGAAAAUUGUGCCUCUUUUGCUCCUUUAUGAUGUAGCAAGAAAACCUGAAACUGUAUUCAAAUGAUUUUUUUUUCUCCUUGUUGUUAUCUUAAAAAUAGCAAUGUCACAUCUGGUCUUCCCUGUUUUUGCAUGAAGACUUUUUGGAGGCAUGAAAUAUGGACAUAGCAUUAACUGGAGGGGAGGGAAAGGGAUUUUUGAUCAUUGCAGAGACAUCUCUUCAGGUAUUUCUGAAGUGUUUGAAUUAAAUAAUAUAGAUGAGUUUUACUUAAUCAAGUUUCAUUUGAAUGGUAUUUGUCUUUGUAUCAGUUCUCCAAUUAUUCAUUGUCUUCCAGGAGGGUGAGUAGGCAAGACCAGAAUUUCUGUAACCUCCCCUGCCCCCAGUAACCAAACACACCUCAGGCUUUCUUUUUAUAUCAUAGGGAAGCAAGAAAGGGUACAAAUUCAAUUUUUUCUCUACUUGGACACCUUUUUCUAAUAAAAACUUGGGUCUCAUACUUUUCACAUCAGAAUGAUGCUUUACCUUUGCUUAUAGGUGAGAUGACAUUCUCAUUUGAAAUUCCAGUUUUUGUAAAAAGCACUACUCUUAUGCUGAACUUCCUCAUGGUAAUUCUUGGCCCAACAGGCAUUUUUUGGAAAAAUUGAAUAAAUGGGUAUGGUCCAUACUGAAAAUUAACACUUUUUUGCACUUAGGCAAUUCAAAAAAGUCGUCUUAAUUUGGCCUGGACAUAGUUCUCAAGAAGGAAAUGGUGGUGUGAUAAACUGCUUAAGUAGUAGUUAUGAACAAAUGAAAUACCAUACUGUACAUCGCCAAUUUAUUCUUGGUGAUUUAAAUGCUUGUAUAAAGUAGUUAUCCAGGUAUCCCACACACUGAAAUAAAUGGGUAUGUUAACACA